AUGCCUAAUGUUCUUUUAUCUGUCUGGGGAUUUAAUUUGACUGAUCAUUUGUUUGGUCAGGAUAGUGUUGUAGUCGAUGUAAGGAAGACAAAGUGCCUACUUGUACAUGCAGCAUUUGGGCCCAUGAAUGCAAAGCUGGAUAGAGAUAAGGAUCAUAACAACGUGCGCUUGAUAGGAUAUUGCAUCGAGGGUUCUUUGUUUCUCGUAUAUGAGUUCAUUGAGAAUGGGAAGGAUCUGCUUCCAUGGUUUACCAUGGUUCAAAUCGCCCUUGAUUCAGGAAGAGAUCUUGAAUAUAUCCAUGAGCAUAUUGUUCCUGUCUAUAUCCAUCGUGAUAUUAAAUCAGCAAAAAUUUUGAUUGACAAGAACCAUCAUGGAAAGGUCUCAGAUUUUGGAUUAGCCAAGUUUACUGAAGUUGGAAAUUCAUUGAAAACACGUCUAGUGGGUACAUUUGGAUACAUGCCCCCCAGAAUCAUGGAUAUAGAGGCAUGA